AUGUUCGCUCAAGCCUUUGGCACAAUUGCUCUAUUGGCUUCGCUUUUGGUGUCGCCUAGCAAUGCGAUCACAUAUACCCCUUUAAAACCGCCAUCAUAUCCCCUGGCAGUACGGAGUCCGUACCUAUCAGCGUGGAUCCCUGGCAAUGAGGUAGCAUCAUUGACUUCCAACAAUGCACAGUUCUGGUAUGGCAAUACUUUGGUCUGGACUGUCAUCGCCCGUGUUGAGGGUACGACCUACAAUUUGUUUGGAGUGGCCAGCCCUAAUGAUGACACCACAUCCGGCACGGUGACCGCGGCCACGUACACCUCGACGCAUUCCACUUUCACUGUCACAGCUGGCUCGCGCAGCUUUAUCCUGGACUUCUUCUCGCCCGUAUCUCCCAAGAAUUAUCUCCGUCAAUCCCUGCCCUUCUCAUACUUGACCGUGACGCUUGCUGCAGGGGAUUCAAGCUCCGUUCAGAUCUACUCAGAUAUUAGUGGUGGUUGGACGGGCCAAGAUACUGAUUCCAGCUGGAGUUACUCCACCAAUGGAACCACGGGCGUUUUCCAAAUCGAGGCAGUUGGGCAGGCGACAUACUCGCAAAGUAGCAAUGAGCAAGCUCUGUGGGGCAGCGCCGUCUACGCCACCCGUCCUUCUGGCAGUAGUACGCUCUCCACUCAGGCCGGCCCGCGGGUCUCGGUCCGGAGUCAAUUCGUUGAAGAUGGAACCCUCACCAACAAACACGCGGCCUGGACCGCGGGUGCCGUGGUCGGAUUUGCUCACGAUCUAGGUACAACUGCAGAUGAAUCCGCGGUAACUUUCGCGAUCGGUCACGUGCGCGAGGAGUCAAUCAAUUUCCUUGGAGCCGCGCAAACGGGUUACUAUCGUGCGACCUACCCUGAUACCGUCAACGCCGUCACCUACUUCCUCGAUGACUACGCCGACGCGAAGUCCGAAUCGACCCAGUUUGACGCCUUGAUUUCCGACACAGGAUCGUCCAGCUUUGGAUCCAACUACUCCGAUGUGCUGGCCCUUUCUGUGCGCCAGGUUUAUGGUGGAAUUGAGGUGACCAUUCCGAACGAAACCCUCGACACCAGCGAUGCCCGCGCGUUCAUCAAAGAGAUCUCAAGCGAUGGCAACAUUAACACCGUUGACGUUAUCUACGCGACCUUCCCCAUAUUCUACAUCCUGAGUCCCGAUUAUCUCAAGUUGCUCCUCACCCCCGUGUUUGAGUACAUGGCUACCUCCGCCUACUCUGAGAAUUACGCGGUCCACGACCUUGGAGCAUUGUACCCAAACGCGACGGGUCAUUUAGCCUCCGGCGAGUCUAUGCCGAUCGAAGAGAGCGGCAAUGUGAUCUUCCUCGCAUACGCAUACCAGAAGGCUAGUGGAGACACCGACUUCUACGACACCUACUCCUCUCAGCUCAAGACGUACGCGACCUACCUCUACAACAAUGGUCUGUACCCGGCUGCGCAACUAUCCUUGAAUGAUGCCCUCGGUGCUCUCGCCAACCAGACCAACCUGGCCGUCAAGGCUGCCGUUGCUCUGACAGCAUACGGCAAGCUGGCUAGUGAUACAACAUAUGAGACUACGGGCCGCGAUUGGGCAGACAAAAUCUGGACGGACCGCUUGGGUACCGACGCCGAUGGCACCCGCUUCUUGAUUCAGUACGACAUCGACCCUUGGUUCCUCAUCUUCAACCAUUACCCAGACAAGUUGUUUGGACUGGACGUCUUCCCAGAGGACGCUUACAAUGCAACCUCUGACUUCUAUCCCACCGUGCGUGAAACUGCUGGUGUGCCUCUCGAUGGAUCUAUUGGCUGGGGCCAGACAAAUUGGCAAGGCUUCGGAGCAGCCACUGUUAGCGGAGAGGCGCGGGACAUCUUCAUCAACGAUAUCUGGGCAUACAUCUCCAAUGGUUUGAACACCGCUCCAUUUUGUGACCGUUAUUGGGUCACUGCCAGUGACGGCUACACCGCUGGUGAGUCGUAUUCUUUCCGUGCGCGACCGACCUUAGGCAGCCAUUUUGCCUUGGCGGCCUUGUCUGGCGCCAAUACUUGGUCUUCUUGA